AUGGAAUUAGAAGAGUCAUGUUCUAGUUUCAAAGACUUAGAUGAUGAUGGAAGUGACAUUUUUAAGUCUCUUAUAGAUGAUGAUUCAGAUUAUUUGAGUAGAAAUUAAUGUACAAUCCAAAUUAACAAUUAAUUACAAAGAAGUGUAGUUUAAGAUAGUUCUUCUUUGGUUAGAGGAAGUGAGUAAUCAGUAGAAUCUGAUCAAUCAUUUAUUAUAGAAUAACCCAUAUUAAUAAAGAAAGAAUAAAGUAGACAAUUCCACAAUCGUUUGGAAUUAAUUCUAUAGCGAACUAGACCUAAAAGGAAAUAGGAAAAAUAAAGAUUUAGUUUGGAUACAUCAGCUAUUCUUAUUAAGUUGUUAAAUUCUAAAAGACUAUAUAGAUUGGUAUUUAAUUUCUAUAUAUUUUUGAACAUAAUAUUUAGAAUAAUGUGUUUAGUAAUCACAUUUUUAUAAAGUAUAGUAUAUAGUUUGGAUAACAGAUGGUCUUGUUGGGGAUCAUUGGGUGGUUUUUGUUUAACAAGAAUUUUAUUUGGUUUAUCAAUUUAUAAGUUAUUAAAUAUUGGAGAAUUUACAAAAGAUAAAUCUAUAAAGAUUGUUUAUGAAACUUAUUUAAAAUGGUUUGAAGAUACUUAAAUAAAGAUUAGAUAAUUGGAAAGAGAAACUAAUUCUCUUAUUAGAAGGAAUUAAUCUGAUGAAGAUUAAUUUUUUAAGUAAACAAAAGAAAUCUAUAGAUUAUAAAAAUAGUUAUUAUUUUUAAAGACUUAUUAAAUAUUUAUACCACCUGAAUUGUCAUUUUUAUAUUUUAGAAAAUAAAGUAAUGGAUUUUUUUAAGUGUAAAACUUUAUUAUGAAAAGUAUUGAAUUAUUUUUCUUUAUGCCAGCAUUUCUCUAUUUCAUUACUGUAUUUAAUGUAAGAGAUGUAGAAAGAAUUGUUAUUUUGGAUUUCACAGAACAUUAAAUAUAACAUAUUUUUAUUAUUCUUGUCAUAUUAGAUAAUAUUAUUUUCAUAUUUAUAUCUCUAGCUUUACUAUACUUAGGAAAUAAUAAAAAAAAAGUUAAACCUAUUUGA